AUGGGAGGUGGAAACAGGAGAAUCACCCGGAAGCUCGUGGACCAGCUAACCGAGAGUAUGCACUGUAGCAGAAACAAGAGAGACUUUACCUUAGCAAGGUUGACGGUAAUUGCCACCUUGACAAAAAGCGCAACAGUGGUUUUGGAGAUCAUGAAGUCAAUGGCAAGAAGGUUGAGGGCUGAGCCUUGCCUGCAUCACUUUUUCUUUCUGUGCUCUUUACCUUCAGGUGUACGUCUGCAUGUGGAUAUGUCCAAGCAGCCUCAGAUGUCGGAGGCAUCAGACCCCCUGGAAGAAGUUGUAGUUACAGACGGUGAUCAUGACUCAUUUCUGGCUGUUACAUUUACAUUCCCGCUCCUUGCAGCAAAACACAAGUAUCUGCUGACAGCCAUUGCCAUUUUGAAACCAGUGGAACACGAUAGAACUCACAUCAGACAUGUGUCCUUCAAGAAUAGUAUUCACAGGGAAGAUUGGCAAGAGGCAAGAUACAGUUCUCCUUCUUCCUUGGGGGCUGUUGGAGAUCAGCCCAUGGAGGCAGGGGGCAAAAACAGAAGUCAAGACAGGUCUCUAAAGGCCCGGAGCAGCACAGAAGAGGCGAGGGAAGAAGUGGAGCACCAGAUGUCUAGUCAGCCGAGCACGUCUUCCGCAAAGGCUCCAGCAAUGGGGAAGAAACAAAAAAAGUCAGUGAAAGACAAUGGUCAUAAACCAGAGGAAAAAACACAGGAUCCUGAGACUCCAGGUCGCGCUCGUAGGAAGGUACCAAUUCCUCCUUGUCCAGAACAUCUGCCUCCGGUGAACCUGAUUCAUCGAGAUGUUUUGCGGGCGUGGUGCCAAGAGAGGAAGCUGAGCUCCAAAGGACAGAAAUUAGAGGCUUAUAAACGACUCCUUGCAGGGGCUUUCCCAAAGCAAAUGACUGAAUUGAAGAAUGUUCCUGACUCGCCAAAAGAGGCCAGGGUGAAGGCAUCUGGGAAAAAACUGAAGACAGAGGCGGUGGUAGAGCCGUGUUCUGAGGUGACAGUUCCCCUUGAGAUGGUCCCUGUGCCGGAAGAUCAGGUACCUGCCCUGACUGACCCUCCGGUUCUCUAUGAGGAAGUCAGCACCACCUUUGUGGCCACAGCAGCCUCUGAGGCAGUGUUGGCGUCUUGGGCCAGAAUUGCAGCCAAUGCUAACAGGAUCGAGGCCGUGCCGAACAGCGCCACACCAGACGCCCAUGGGGAAAUGUGGUGUGUGGUUCAUGGGAGAAGCUUUUCUUCAGACCCACGUGGCUGGGUUCGCCUGCAUUUCCAUGCCGGACAAGCCUGGGUACCUGAUAAGAAAGGAAAAGUGGUUGCCCUCUUCCUGCUCCCAGCUUGUACCUUCCCACCCCCACACCUGGAGGACAAUAUGCUGUGCCCCAAGUGUGUUCACAGGAACAAGGUUUUAACUAAGAGUCUCCAGUCAUAA